GUAAAAGAAAAGGGCGGAAUUAGGGAAAAGAAUUUUCGCACCGGUUUUAAUCAAACCGGUGUGAAAAGUUUGUUUUCGCACCGGUUCGAACGGAUGCGAAAGCAAUUGUUAAAUAAUAAAUAAAAAAAACCGGUCUCCAAUAUCUUACUUUUCCUCUUCCGUAGUCCCUCACUCCCUCUUUCAUCUCAAACCCCUGUAUACUCUCAAACCCUACUCCGCUUUUCUCUUUCAUCUCAAUCCCCUCUAUAAUCUCCUUUUCUCUCCUCUACCCGUCCUCACAUUUUUGUGGUGGGAUUUCGAUUCGUUUCCUUGGUGGUCGUAAGUUGGGGUUUCAGAUCUAAAUUAGCGGUGGUUUGUUGGGGUUUCGAUUUGUUGGAGGUGGUAAUAAGGUGGUUGUUUCGGUUCGCUGGUGGUCGUGCGAGUUGGUUGGGUGGGUUCCUUGGUGGUCGUCUGGUCGGUGGUGGUCGUGCGAGUUAGUUGGGGUUUCGGUUUGUUUGAGGUGGUAAGGUGGUCGGCUGGUCGCCGGUGGACGUGCGAGUUGGUUGGGUGGGUUUGUUGGUGGUCGCUGGUGACGUGGGGCUUUAAUUGGUGGUGGUGCGAGUUGGUUGGGUGGCUUUUGGGUGGUUGUGGUGGAGUUUCAGAUAUUCAUGGCGGUGAGAGGGUGGUUACAAGGUGGGUGCUGGUGGUGAUUAUUUUCUCUCUCAUCCAAUUGAAAAAUUAUGUGAAGAGAAACAACUACUGUCCACAGUUUAAAAUACUGAAGAUUGAAACAUGACUAUCUGACCUUACAACUUACAGGGCCACUAUUGGGAUUGACUUCUUGUCGAAAACCAUGUAUCUUGAAGACCGAACAGUGCGCUUGCAGCUCUGGAAUACUGCUGGACAGGAAAGAUUUCGGAGUCUUAUUCCCAGUUACAUCAGAGAUUCUUCAGUUGCUGUUAUCGUCUAUGAUGUUUCUAAUUUGAACAGGCAAGUCUUUAUAGAAGAAGGAGAUAAUAAGGCUCGUGAUGCAGGGGAAAUUUUCCUGGAGACCAGUGCAAAAGCAGGAUUCAAUAUAAAGAUGUGCACUACCAGAAUUAUCAUGCUGCAGUUAACUGAGUUAGCUUGAAUCCUUCCCCUCAUUGGCAAUGAGGACACUAGCUUGGGUGGGGAAAUGGCAUUUGAUACUGCAUCCGGUUCAUUCACCAAAUACAAUGCUGGGAUUACACUAGUCUAUCAGCCUAAACAAACAACAACACACCAUCCAGCAGAGCAGCCACCAGCACAAGACCAGGACAGUAUGCUGUUUUUGAAGAAAAUAUAUAUGUUAGUGUUUAUAUGUCCAUUUUUUUUAUAUAUAUGUUAGUGUUUAUAU